AUAGGAAUUCUUGGCACAAUUUCGCGGGCGAAAUGAAGUGUUUGUUGAUUUUGACCGCGUUGAUUGUGGUGGCGUCGGCGCGGCCCGGUAAGUACCGUGGCGAUGGCGUUCUAGUGGAGAAACUCGAUGAUUGGGAUCAUGCAGCGCAGGGAGCAAAGUGUGGAUAUGAGUCCUGCCCGGUGCCUCGCAAAGGUAUGCUUAACCUUCAUCUCGUGCCGCACACCCACGAUGACGUCGGAUGGCUCAAAACGGUCGAUCAGUACUACUACGGUAGCAAGACUAGCAUCCAGCGGGCCGGAGUGCAGUACAUCCUGGACUCGGUGAUCGACGCUCUGCUGCACAAUCCGGAACGCAAAUUUAUCUACGUCGAAUCGGCGUUCUUCUUCAAAUGGUGGGACGAACAACCGCCCCAGAUACGGACGGCGGUGCAGGAGUUGGUUCAGCAAGGACGGUUGGAAUUUGUAAAUGGAGCGUGGAGUAUGAACGAUGAGGCCGCGGCACACUAUCAGAGUUUGAUCGAUCAGUUCACCUGGGGAUUGGGACUGCUAAACGACACCUUCGGCGAGUGUGGACGACCACGGGCGGGAUGGCAAAUCGAUCCAUUCGGACAUUCGCGGGAGCAUGCCGCGAUGCUGACGCAGAUGGGAUACGAUGGGCUGUUCUUUGCUCGGCUUGAUCAAGCCGAUCGGGCCAAGCGGGAGGCCAGCAAGCAGACGGAACUGAUUUGGAAAUCGAGUGCCAACCUUGAGGAUAGUGAUUUGUUUACGACGAUACUGUACACACUGUACCAGGCUCCGCCUGGGUUCUGCUAUGAUGUUCUGUGCUCGGAUGAACCAAUCCUGGAUGGACCGGACAGUGCGGAGAACAAUGUCGAAGAAAGGAUCGACGUUUUUCUUGACUGGGUCUACGGAAUGGCUCAGAAAUAUCACUCAAAUAACCUGAUCCUAACCAUGGGAGGUGAUUUUACCUACCAGGAUGCCGGCAUGUACUUCAAGAAUAUGGAUAAACUUAUCAAAUAUACCAACGCCCGCCAGGAGCAAGGAGUGAUGGUGAAUGCCUUCUACUCGACACCAACGUGCUACCUGAAGGCACUGCAUGACACGGAUCUUACCUGGCCAACCAAGACGGACGAUUUCUUCCCGUACGGAUCGGAUCCGUACACCUACUGGACUGGAUAUUUCACGUCACGUCCCACUUCCAAACGAUUCGAGCGUCUUGGUAAUCAUCUGCUACAGGUCUGCAAGCAGUUAACCGCCCUAUCGCCGGCCACCCGCUCGAGUUACUUCCAAAAUCGACUCACAGUUCUUCGGGAAGUGAUCGGAGUUAUGCAACACCACGAUGCGAUCACCGGAACAGAGAAGCAACACGUCGCCGAUGAUUAUGCUAGGAUGCUACACGUUGCGUUCGAAGCUUGCAACGAAAACACGAACGUGGUAUUAAACGAUAUGACGCGGAAAACGAACGCCCCGGAGGUGCAAUUUGAAUCCUGUCACCUCCUGAACAUCAGUCAUUGUGUAACUUCCGAAACUAAGGAGUCCUUUGUCGUCACUUUGUACAACCCACUGGGUCAUUCCACAUAUCACUACGUAAGACUCCCGGUGAACGGCAACAGCUACACAGUUCGAAACUCUGCGGGUGACAAACUUCCCACGCAAAUGAUUUCCAUACCGGACAGUGUCUUCAGUCUCAGCUCACGGAACAGUAUCGCAAACCAGGAACUUGUAUUUUUGGCGGACCAAAUUCCUCCCAUGGGUUAUGUGUCUUUCUAUGUUACGGAAACCUACGAAGCGAGACCACGCCAGGACACCGAACCCAAAGUUCAGCAGAUAACCAGCAUCGGGAACAAGUACCUAUCGGUUCAUUUCAACAAUAAUGGUUUCCUUAACAUGAUCAACAUCAACGGGGAAAGUCACUGGCUCCAGCAGGACUUCUUCUACUACGAGGGUGCAGUCGGAGACAACCGGGAGGCAAAGAAUCGCUCCUCUGGAGCGUACAUUUUCCGACCGAACGGAACGGAAAAACAGGUCACCAAUUCGGUACGGUUACAAGUAUUCAAGGGCGAUCACGUGCAGGAAGUUCAUCAGGUAUUCAACGACUGGAUCAGUCAAGUAGUUCGCGUGUACGAAGACGAACAACACGUUGAGUUCGAGUGGUUGGUUGGUCCGAUUCCAGUGGAGGACGAAAUUGGAAAAGAAAUCGUGACUCGCUAUCAGUCGGAUAUCAAAUCAAACGGGGUGUUCUGGACGGACGCCAACGGAAGAGAGAUGAUCAAGAGGGUACGGAAUCAUCGCGACACUUGGGAUGUUGAAUUGGUGGAACCAGUGCCUGGUAAUUAUUAUCCAGUGACGGCCAAGAUCGCCCUGGAAGAUGACAGCUGGCGGAUGGCAGUGCUGAAUGAUAGAGCUCAAGGAGGAACGAGCAUGCAGGAUGGUGUACUGGAACUGAUGGUUCACCGUCGGUUGUUAAGGGAUGAUGCGUUCGGCGUUGGUGAGCCAUUGAAUGAAACUGCCUAUGACAGAGGACUAAUCGCACGGGGAAAGCACUACCUGCUAUUCGGUUCCAAAGCUCCAAAAACAGUCACGGCGGAAGCGAAGGAACGCUUCUUGCAGAACCAAGUUCACACACCAGCUUGGGUGUUUGUUAACGAUGCCACCGAUGUGUCGUUCGAUGCUUGGCAAUCAAACUACAUAAAUGCCUUUUCAGCCCUAUCUGCAUCACUACCGAUGAACGUCAACCUACUGACGUUUGAGCCGUGGAAGCAACCAUUCACCUACCUGGUACGAUUCGAGCAUCUACUGGAGAAGACCGAGGAUCCUCUGUACUCGUCACCGGUGACAAUCAACCUGAAGACGGUAUUCUCGUCAUUCGACAUUCGCAGUGUCCGUGAGACCACGUUGGGUGCCAACCAGUGGAAAGAAGACAAAUCACGGCUGAAGUUCUACGCCGAUCCGGUUCCACACUCGAACGAACCGGCCGCUGAAAGCUUGCCCCAUGAGGAUCACGAUGUAAAUGUGGUUACUCUACAUCCAAUGGAGAUUCGGACUUUUGUCCUAGAAAUGACGAAACAUUAACUUUAACGGUAAUAGCAUUCUUAGAAAACUUCAUACAA